AGUGUCUUUCCAGAUCAACGGACCUUUUCUGUUCAAGAUUUAAGCAUGUCCUACCAACCAGGAAAAGCUAGAGGUAGAGGCAGGGCUUACCCCAAUCGGAGUGCUACUGGGAGAUACUAUGAGAGACAACCAAACAUGAGGUCCCCGCCAGUCAGGCAGUACCCUGCUAUGGCCAAGCCCAACAUAUCAAAGCAUGACAAUAAAAGCUGUUGUUCAGACAUAAGUAUUAAUUUAGAUUUAGAUGAACAGAGCCAAGCAUUUCUGUCUGAAUUGAAAAGCAUGUGGAACAUGUUGAAAAGAAGCCCACCUGUGGUCAACAAAUUGCACACAUACUUCAAAAACUGUGAAAACCCGUACGUGCAAACCCUACGCUUGCUCUACAAUUGUCAAGAGUUCCACAACGCCAAGGCUAAAUCUAUGCCGAUGUUCGUCAUUGAGGAGUUCAGGACUUGGAGUAGAGAAUGCCGGAAUCGCAUCGUCCAUCUUUUGACUGUCCAAACGAAAGUCGACGCCUUCAAAGUUACUUUGAAGCAGAGCAGUCACUCGUUGGUCAAGAUCGUCGUCGACGUAUACGAAAUGGCUCUACACCGUGAUAUAUUUUUAGAUGUAAUUAGGUGUAUGAUACAAAAGAAGCAGUACAAAGAGGCGUGCCAAUAUGCUACGCUGUUGAACGUCAGACAAGAAUUCUCCAUUGAGGAUUUUCUGGUACCGUUAGUAUUGCAGGACAAGCUGUACGGUGUCGAUGACUGUUUGAAAGACAAUCCCCGCCACCAGAUGGAUCUGGUGGCGUUCUUGGACGACGUGUUGGGUUAUCCGUCCGUCAGAGAAACCAUGGAGGAAUAUGCCUUGAAACAUGGUAUCCCGGAUGUGAAAUUCGACAAAAUGCAUGCGAAACCUUGGAAGAAAUUGGUCACUAGGCUAGUCAAGACGUUCAAAUUACCCGCCGAACUGACGCCGAAUUUGAACAAGAGAAGAAAUGAAGGCGCACUGAAUUUCCUUCUAUACAAGAGAUUCGCCGAAAAUAGUAUCGGGGACGAAAGUUGGAAGGAAAUGGUACAAGAGGCGGUAGGCGAGGAAGAGCAACUCCAGAAAGAGCUGGUCUAUCUGGUGGCUCAAUAUGGAGAGUUUUCAGAAGCCCUUAGAUGGGCCCAUUUUUAUAAUGUCGACAAGAAAGAUUGGCCUCAUAGCGUGAGAAUGUUGGAGGAAAAUCCUGAUGGAGACAGGAUGCAGCAAAAGGUGAUACAACAGCCUGACGAAAGUUGGGAUGCAGACCUUCAGCAACAGGACCUUGUGGAAUACCAUAAAUCACCUUUGUCUCCCAGUGCUAUUCAUCUCGUCGAUGAUCCUUUGAAAUUCGAAAAUUUCCUAGAUAUGGGUUUCCAAGAUGUUGACAUCAUAGGCGUAGAUUGUGAAUGGAAACCCAGUUUCGGUAGUAAACUCAACGAGUUGGCUUUGAUGCAGAUAGCCACUAGAAAAAAUGUGUUCGUACUCGAUAUAAUCAACCUUAGCAACAAAACGCCGCAUCUAUGGCAAGAACUUGGAAAGUUCAUUUUCAACAAUUGUGAUAUCUUGAAAGUAGGUUUUAGUUUGACCGGUGAUAUUCAUAUGAUAAGACAAGCCCUGCCAGAUUUAAAUUUUUCUACGAAACAAAUAGGUUUUCUAGAUUUGUGUACACUUUGGAAGCAUUUGGAUAGGUUUCCAGAAGUUAAGUUACCCUAUGAAGUACAAAAAGGCGGUCCGAGCCUCAGCUCGCUCGUCCACCACUGCCUCGGCCGUCCAUUGGACAAGAGCGACCAAUUCUCCAAUUGGGAGAAACGCCCUCUGAGAGACAGCCAAAUCGGCUACGCCGCCUUGGACGCGUACUGUCUCAUCGAGGUCUAUGACGUCAUCAGGCGGUGUUGCCAAGACGUCGGCUUCCCCUUCGAGGACACCUGUUGGCAUCUGAUGACCAACGAGAAGGUGGGCAAGAAGAAGCCCAAGAAGGAUGGACAUAAAAAGAAACCGGUGUCAAAUGUCAGACCAGACGUCCCUCAACCUCCCUCGCCUCAUCCCGAGCCGGUGCCUGCCGAAAGGCUUAAGCUGGUGUGCGACACGAUGCUGCAGGGUCUGGGCAAGAAGCUGCGCAGCUGCGGCAUCGACACCGCCAUCUUGGAGAACCACCACGAGCACAGGGAGUGCGUGAGGUACUGCCAGGAGGAGGGGCGGUACGUGCUGACGAAGGGCGGCGACACGUUCCGAAUGUUGAAUGGAUAUGUUCCAAGUGGUUGGUGCCUGAGAGUCAACAACGAGGAUGUGGAAGAACAAAUGAGAGAAGUGAUAGAUUAUUAUAAAAUUAUAAUAACCAAAGAUCACGUGUUCAGCAGAUGUCAGGCGUGCAACGGAAAUAGUUUCGUGAAAGUUUCCCGUUCGACGAUGAACACGAUGGCCGAAAAUAGCGAGCGGAAAGUUUUCGCGCCGCCUUGUUACUACGAAGAGGAGGCCACAGGCUUUUCCAGCGAAGAAGAAAAUUUCCAUGAAGCCGCACCGCCGGUGUGCUCUACCAGAAAAUGGGAUUUAUAUUCAGACGAAAAAGUUGACGUGGGUCUCUGCCAAACCAGUUUGGGCAGCAAAAUCCAGGUGAAAGCGAUUCCCAAGCCGAUUCUGGGCAAGUACGAUUUUUUUUACGUUUGCGAAGAGUGCGGUAAAGUCUAUUGGGACGGUUCGCAUUUCGAAAGGGUGCUGCAGGGCAGGCUUCAAGGAAUCGUGCAAUAAAUUCUAUCUGUUUAUUUUAUCGUUAAAGGCAUAUUUUAUUAAUAUUAUUAUGGAUUUUUUUAUUAAUCUUGAGUACCUUCAUUAAACAAGCAAAUAACAAUU